CUUUGCACAAUCAUAUAAAGAUGAUGUCUUGAUAGAUACAUUCAAGUAACAAACCUUAGGAUGCCCAAUGGAAACCAAUACUUCAAGUUCGAUUGACGUCCCAAGGACGGAACAAGUUAGUAUUGAUGAUGAACAAAGAAUAAAAGUUGAAUGGUCAAAAGAUGAUCCUCAACAUCCAUUUAAUUGGUCAAAAAAGAAGAAAUGGUCAACUGCUCUUUGUGCUUUAUUAUUCAAUUCUUCAACCGCAUGUAAUGGAACGGCUUAUGCUGCUGCACGAAUUCAAGGUUCGAUGGGCGUAGGUGUUUCGCAAACGGUUUGGCUUUUGGGUAUGACUACGUAUUUGGUACCUUUAGCAACUGCACCUCUUCUUUUGGCACCAUUAACAGAACGUACAGGAAGAAGGCCAACAUGUGUGAUCGCGAUGAUCAUUUAUGUGGCAAUGUUUUUACCGCAAGCAUUGGUACCGAGAAUUGAUGCUAUCCUUGCUUCUAGAUUCGUUCAAGGUGCUGCAGGAUCAGUUGGAAAUACAAUGGUUUCCGCAACCUUGACGGACUUAUUUCCAAAAGAAGAAAGACUGAUCCCACUUGCGGUUGUGGUUUGGUGUGUUUUUGCAAGUCAAUCUAUCGGAUCAACCGGUUCAACUUGGACAGUACAUGAUAUGAAUUAUCAAUGGGUUUUUUGGUGGCUUGGAGCUGUUGCUUUGGGUUCACUUGUCGUGGUGAUUGUAUUUUUACCCGAAACAAGACAUACGAAAUUAUUACAAGCAAGAGCAAACGCACUUACUAAACAAACUGGAAUCAAACACUACAUUUAUCAAGGUCCAAUUCAAGCAAAGUCACAAUUUUGGGUGACAAUCGAAAGGAUGACAAGACCUUGCGUUUUCUUUUUUACCGAACCAAUCGUUGCAACUUUGGCACUUUGGGUUGGAUUCUUGUGGGGUGUUGUAUUUUUAUCAUUAGAAGGUAUUCCGAUCGCAAUGGAACCGUACGGAUGGAUAGAACCAAAGCGAACAUCAUUUUUGGCUUUAAUGGCUUUAGGCGCUUCUUUGGGUAUAGCAUGGCAACCUAUCUCAUUACGAAUUUAUCGUCGUGCAAAACAAAACAAUCAUGGCUUACCACCACCGCCCGAAAUACGAUUGACAUGGUGUACGAUAGCAGCAUGUAUGACAUGUGCUUCUUUAUUUUUGUAUUGUUGGACAGCUCGUGCUUCAAUUUCACCAGUUGUGCCAGCGAUCGGAAUGGUAGGAUUUUAUUGGGGCGUUUUUGAGAUUUAUCUUAGUACGUUGCUUUAUUUAGCAGAUGCAUAUGAAACCUAUGCUGCAAGUGGGAUAGCAUGUCAAGCAUUAAUGAGGAAUAUUUGUUCUGGAACAUUUCCUCUUUUUUCGACGCAAUUUUAUGAGAAACUUUCACCUCCUAUCGCAACAAGUAUCUGUGCAAGUUUAGCAGGUGUUUUAGGUAUUGCACCAUUUUUACUUAUUCGAUUUGGACCGAUGCUCAGAAAGAGAAGUGCUGUUGCUGUUCUUUUGCAAGCUGAUGAAGAUCAAAAGCAGAAAGAGACGGGAGAUGAGAAAGAAAAGGCUUAAGAUCAAAUUAACUGUAUAUUAAUAGAAUUCAUAUCAUAUCCAUUCAGUUCUGAUCGUU